AUGGUAGGUCUCUUCAACUAUUAUCGCGAUUUUAUUCCCAAAUAUGCUGGCCUUGCUGCCCCUCUCACAAACUUGCUCAGGGGCCACAAGUAUCAAUGCUCCAUCAAGGGCAUGUGGCAACUGGUCGAUAAAGAGGGUAAGACAAUGAGAGCCACAGACAUCAAAUUCAAUUGGGGGGCAGCACAAAACAAGGCCCUUGCCCAACUGAAGGCUGCCUUGUCUUCCCUGCCAAUGUUGGCAUACCCAGAUUUCGACUGUCCAUUCCUCCUCUAUGUUGAUGCAUCACAACAAGCCUUCACAGCCACACUCCACCAACAUCUGCCCUUGGCCAAGUGCACCCAGGACAAGAUGGCCGCAGCCUCACUUACAGAAGCAAACAACAUCAACAUCAACAACAUGCCAACACAUCAACAGAAAUUGGAUAGCAUGCUGAAGUCCAUCAUGGACACCAUCAUGGCAGGACACAACAGAGUCGGUUACGAGAUGCAGGACGACAUUCUGGUGUAUGUGGGACCACACUGCACUGCCUGUUGCCUUUGUGUCCUGUUCUCUGAUCUCCAUAUCUUCUUCCAUAAGGCACACAACCUGGGAGGCCACUUUGGCUUUGCUAAGACUGCUCUGUGUCUUGGAUCAAUCAACCACCCACAUCUGUCAACCACACUCGAAGCAUACAUUGAUAACUGUCUGACUUGCCUAUGCACAAAACUAGGCCAUUGUGUUGGAGAACUCAGCAUGGAUUGGAUUUUGUCAGCUGACAGACCCUUCCACACCAUAUUGGUGGACUUGCUUCUUGGCCUUCUGGACUGCGAGGGUUUAGAUGCUGCUCUGGUCAUCAUGGAUACCUUCUUGAAGCUCAUGCUCACUGCUCCAUGCAGCAGUAGCAUCAUGAGCUCCCAGCUCUUCAACUCCCUUGCUGAUCUCAUCCUCCACAAGGGUUGGAGGCCCAAAAUCAUCAUCAUGGACUCUGACAAGCAUUUCAUUGGUGUCACCAGCCAGAGGUUCGCCACCAGCAUAGGAGCCAAGUUGUGUCCAUUGGCCCCAUAUCAUCAACAGGCAAACCCAGUUGAAUGCCACAUCCAAACACUACAACAUGUCCUGCGAGCCUUUGCCAUGGAGUCUGCAAAAGAUUGGGUUGAUGUUCUCCCAGCUGCAGAGUUGGCAAUCAACUUGACUCCUUCUCUGACAAUGGAGCAGACACCCUUUGAUCUUGUAUACAUGGUCCAGCCAGAUCCACCCCUCCUUCCAUCUGUUUCUAAUGUUAACAUAGAGGACCACCUCACCAUUGCCAAGGCUUGUCUUGACUCUGCUUGGCAGACAAUACUUCAACACACAGAGGAGAACAAGCCUUGGUAUGAUGUGAAACACAAGCCCCUACACAACCUGCAUGUUGGAGAUUGUGUCUUCAUAUGCACCAAUGAUCAACCAGUCCCAGGUGCACAGAGGCAUGCCAAACUUGAUCCAAAGAAGGUUGGUCCUUUCCCAAUCAAGCAAGUUCUUUCUUGCCAUUGCUUCAAGCUUGGUUUACCUCCCAACUUGUAUUCUGACAAUCUCUUUGACACCUCACAGCUGGAACCUGCUCCCAAGGAGCACAACCUGUUUAAUCGCUCAUUAGACACACCUAUCACUAUAGACAGUCGAGGUGACAUGCAUUUUGAGGUUGAAGCCAUUGUGGGCCAACAAACCUUCAGGAACUAUGUCCAAUACUGCAUCAAGUGGUGCAGUGAUCCACACACCAUGUGGGAGUUCGAAGAGGAUCUGCUCGAGGAUGGCUGCAAAGCAGCUAUCUGA